AUGACAAGACGGAAAUCAGACCAAGAAAAUAGUGAUGAAGAUAUUCACUUAUCGAUAGAUUUGAACAGCAUUCUUGAUUAUAGAAGUCUGUCAUCAAAGAGAGAACGGAAUUCACUUUAUGUACUUACUAAGAAGUUUGUCAAACUUCUUACAUGUAGUAGCUCAGAGCAAACUAUUAACAUUAACAAAGCAGCACAAAUUUUGGGAGUAGAAAAAAGACGUGUAUAUGAUAUAACAAAUAUUCUUGAAGGAAUCAAUUUUGUAUCUAAGUGGUCUGUUAACUCAGUCAAAUGGCAUGGUGGAAGUACAGAGGGGAUAUUUGAUAACAACGAGUCAAUUUUAAAAACGCUUGAGAUCUCGGGUGAGAACCGGGUCAAUAUGAGUACACUUGAGACCUAUGAAAAGAAAUUGGAUGAGAAAAUUGACAAUCUUCAAAAUGAAUUAGAGAAACUCUCAGCUGAUGAAAAUAGGCCACUUGCUUAUAUAACAUACGAAGACAUUAAAGACAUAAAUGAUUUUGAAAAUAAGCUAACUUUUGCUCUUAAAGUACCAACUGAUGCUACAAUUAUAUACCCGUACUACUCUAAGAGUUUAUACAGAAUGAAUGCAAAGACUGAGAAGGGUAAGAUUGAGGUCUUGUAUAUCGAUGAUGAAGAAGAAGGUAAAUAA